AUGGCCAACGUUGAUGCCGAUCUGGGGGAUCUCUUGGCCAGGGUGCUCCCCACCGGAGUCAAGGUUACCAUCCGCCACGUCUCGUCGGCCCCAAACCCAUGUGUAGCUCUCUUUGCAGCUCCACCGGGAGAGGAACCCGAGUCUACUUUCUGCGAGAAUCACUUUCUUUCGGUCUCAAUCAUUUCCGAUGACGAUGACGACUCUGAGGUGAUCGUUUUUGGCAUUGAAGUGCACGUUUACGGUACCGCACAUCUUACUACGAUAUUUGUGUCCAAGGCCGAUUCGACUGGCUACUUGCACCUGCUGAAGAAUGCGCCCAAGGUCUCACUUCUCAGACUCAUAUCAAAUGCUUUCCUCUCGUUUCUUGUGCAAACACGCCAACGGCCAGGGGUGCGGCUGAUGGUAUCGUUGUUUGCUCGUGCUCAGAAUCAGUAUCUGUUUCCUGGGAGCAUUGAGAACCCGGAGAAGCACGUUCUGGAUGACCGUGGGUUGAUCAAAUGGUGGUGCCGUGUCGUUGAUCCUAUCCUACGGGAGUAUGAGCCCGAGACAGGUUCCAAGGAAAAGGGAUUGCUCGACCAGACCAAGGAGUCGGCCAAGAGCUCAGCAACCGCGUUUCUAAUCGUCCCAGGAUGCGAUAAGUUCGAAACCAGAGGCUUCUUCCCCAACACAGCAAAGUCGGACGAUAAGGAGCGUCCCCGGUGGUUGAACAGCUACCCUCUCCAUCAGAUCUGCGACAAUCCCAACGCGCCGCCGCGGUGCUUGGUUCCUCGCUUCCCUGAUGACCCGAAGACACGCUUCUUGAUCGAUUUGGAUGACGAGCUACCUGACUCGGCGGGGUUGGAAGGCUCGAAACAGGAUCCUGGUCAGUGGCGGAGUGUCAAGUCUCUCGCGCAGUUCUGGGAGAUGAUGUCCUUUCGGCAAGAGUGCUCAGCCGGCCGGUUGGUCGGGUUCUUGUGGCUGGUCAUCAAUCCGCCGGGGCUCGUCAACUCAGUUCAAAUGGCCAGUUCUCGGAUUGUGUCUCGGGAUGCGGCGAAAAUCACUUCUGAAACUACAGAGCCGGCAACAUCGAGCGAGAAGCAUUUGGCCGGUCAAGAUGGUCAAGAAGACAAGGAGGCACUUGGCAAGGAGGAUACUCCCAAAUCAUCUUCCGGCAUCCAUUCUACGGCCGAACCUCAGGCGCCACCGGUGCCCCAUGUGGCUGAUUCGAAAUCCGAUAGCAUAUCCAAGCUGCAGCAAGCCACUGGCCCCAGCGCCUUUUUCUGGCCAGACUCAGGUCGAGGACAUGCCGUCCUGAGCGACGAGGACUACAAGACGGCCAUCAAUUUUCUUCUCGAUCAAGACUAUGACACCAAAGAAAAAGCCAUCGCCAGCACCAAUGCAUGGAGCCAGAAGCUGGCUUCUCUUGCCGAUCAACUCUGGGUGGGCCAGCAGGUUGAAGGGCGGAAUACCGCAACAGAGUCCAUACAAAAGACACCUGAAACCAAUACUCUCCUCGCCACUGGACUGGUUCGAAAACGCAAGAAGGCCGAGACGGGAAGCGACAAGCCCAAGGAGAGUCAGGAGGAAAGUCUUCCUACGCCAACUGAGGAGGCUACACCUGUGGCUGCUUCAGGUCAGACACUAGGAGUCAAUGUGCUCAACGCCAGCCUGAUCCGCAAGAAGAAGAAAAUAUGA